GGCUUCAAGGGCCGAAAUGGGCACAUCGGCCAGGCUGGUCCUGACGCCAAGCAGUACUUCAUCGAGGGCCCGAAAGGCGAGAAAGGCUUCAAAGGCGAACGUGGUCGUGACGGGAUCAAAUGCAACCUGGACACCACUUCACAAAUUGUACCGGCCGGCGAGCCGGGACAGCGGGUGAGUCUCAUCUGCCUCGUAUUGGCCCAAAUGGCCGGUGCUAAACGGGGAGGACAAUUGAGCCACUUCACAGCCUCUCACGGCCAAUAG